ACAAAAGCCAAAGCAGUUACCCUCUAUUCGCCGCAUCUACUCACUUACUGUGUUAUGUUAUCCCUAACAAGUGAACUUUCAUGUCUAAAAUUUGGUAUGCUUGAGAGUUGUAGUUGAUUUUAACAACAUUCCCAGCAGUAUACAUUUGUUUGGUUCAGUGAUUGUUUUGUUUGAUUCUAUGUUUCUCCUGCAAAUUUGGGGUGUGAUCUCUUUGGUUUGAGUUGCUGAUAGUUUCCUGUGGUUGGUUACUCAGUGGAAACUAAGAAUUCGUCGACUUUUCAGUGUAGUUUUGUGGUGAGAGAAGUUGCAAUUUUUUAGGAUAAUGGCGGGUUGUUCAUCAAAUUUUGGGUUCGCUCGUGUUGUUAAUUUAAGGAAAGAAGCUCUUUUGAGGAAGCUGGGAAAUCAAGAUUCAAGUUUGAAUAGGUUGAGUUUCAGGGGUGUGUUGAAGGAGGUUGCAUUUCCAGUCUUUUGUGAUAGCAAGUGGGAUAGAUCAGAUGUGUCUAUUCAAAAGAAAGGAACAUUUUUUAUAAUGAGUAUGUCGCAACCGCCAGAUGAAUCGCAAUCUGCUGUAACUACAAUAGAAUUUUCGGAAGUGGGAGGUGAUAGUGUCCUGAGCAAGGACCACAAAAUAUGGGAUAGUGAGUCAGACCCCAAUACUGAUAAAAAUGAUGAUAGUGGAGUUGAAUUUCAUGGUAGUGGUGGCAAUGGGAGCUUUGGAAGUGGUGGAGCAGGAGAUCGUAGUGGCGGUGGCGGUGGUGGUGAUGGUGAUGAUGAUGGUAAUGACAAAGAAGGGGAAGAAUUUGGGCCAAUACUGAAAUAUGAUGAGGUAAUGAGAGAGACAGAAGCUCGUGGGGCUACCCUUCCUUUAGAUAUGUUGGAGGCUGCUAAGAGUGUGGGAAUCCGCAAGGUGCUUCUUCAUAGAUAUUUGGAUUUGCAGGGAUCUUUUUGGCCACUAGGAUUUGCUGUGAAAUCAUGCUCAAUCCUUCGCAAUCGAAUGCUGGCUGAUCCAACGUUUCUUUUCAAAAUUGGCUCAGAGAUUGUCAUUGAUUCUUGUUGUGCUACCUUUGCUGAAGUUCAAAAGAGAGGCAAAGACUUUUGGGCCGAAUUUGAGUUGUAUGUUGCAGAUCUUCUUGUUGGGUUGGUUGUUAAUGUUGCUUUAGUAGGCAUGUUGGCACCGUACGCUCGAAUUGGCAAACCAUCAAUAUCUAGGGGGUUCUUUGGUAGAAUGCAGAAAGGUUAUGCGUCUUUGCCUAGCAGUGUAUUUGAAGCAGAAAGGCCAGGAUGUAGAUUUUCUGUACAGCAGAGACUGGGAACAUACUUCUACAAGGGUAUAAUGUAUGGAGCUGUUGGAUUUGCAUGUGGCAUUAUAGGCCAAGGCAUUGCAAAUUUGAUCAUGACUGCAAAGCGGAGCAUAAAGAACUCAGAAGAGGACAUACCUGUGCCACCUCUUGUUAAAAGUGCUGCACUUUGGGGUGUAUUUCUUGCUGUUUCUUCUAACACGCGAUACCAGAUCAUCAAUGGACUGGAACGUUUGGUAGAAGCAUCACCACUGGCAAAGCAAGUUCCCCCAGUUGCUCUGGCUUUCACAGUUGGUGUGCGUUUUGCCAACAAUGUGUAUGGUGGCAUGCAGUUUGUUGACUGGGCUAGAUGGAGUGGGGUGCAAUAACUGCUUUAUCUUUUGUGUUGAAGUCUUGUUGAUGUCAUUUUCUAGCUAUCAUUGAUGGAGUUUCCACCUCAGAUUCAUGGACCCAUAAUGACCAAUGGUGGUACCAUUCUAGUACCUUAGUUAAGGUUGCAUGGUUUUAUUUGGAAAGAUUUUUGGCUCACUAAUGAGUCAAGCCAAAUUGAUUCAUUUUAAACUCAACUUAUAGUAGGUUAACUUUUACUCUUAUUACUUUUAAAAUAAGAAGAA